GGUUCCUUCUCCUCAUGGUGCCAGGCUCAUGUUGCUUCAGAGGAAACGUGGAUAUUCUGAAUUCGAAACACCGCUUAAGAGGCAAAGAUGUAACAGGAUUCUGUAUACAGGAGAUGCGGUUUUCUUGAUAUGUUACACUUGCACACAAGGUUAUGUAUAAUGAAGAUGGGAAAUGUACCUUACAAAAAGUAACCUCUACCUAUAAGGUGACCAGAAGAGACCUCAUGACCCUUCUUUAGGAGGUGGAUUCUGCUAGGAUGUUACAUCACCACUGUCGAAGGAACCCCGAACUACAGGAGGAAUUGCAGAUUCAGGCUGCAGUGGCUGCCGGGGAUGUUCACACUGUGCGCAAGAUGUUAGAGCAGGGCUACUCUCCAAAUGGGCGAGACGCCAACGGCUGGACCUUGCUCCACUUCUCAGCAGCAAGAGGAAAAGAAAGAUGUGUGCGCGUGUUCCUCGAGCAUGGAGCUGAUCCCACCGUGAAAGACUUAAUUGGAGGUUUCACCGCUCUGCAUUACGCAGCCAUGCACGGCCGGGCCCGGAUUGCACGCCUGAUGCUGGAAUCGGACUACCGUGUUGAUAUUAUUAAUGCAAAGAGCAACGAUGGCUGGACACCCCUGCAUGUGGCGGCGCACUAUGGUAGAGACUCGUUUGUCCGACUCCUGCUGGAGUUCAAGGCUGAGGUUGACCCGCUCAGCGACAAAGGUACAACACCACUUCAGCUAGCCAUUAUCCGUGAAAGGUCCAGCUGUGUCAAGAUCCUCCUUGAUCACAACGCCAACAUCGACAUUCAGAACGGCUUCCUGUUACGCUACGCUGUGAUCAAAAGCAACCACUCUUACUGCCGGAUGUUCCUGCAGAGAGGGGCAGACACAAACUUGGGGCGCUUAGAGGAUGGGCAGACACCGUUGCACUUGUCUGCUCUUCGGGAUGACGUACUGUGUGCACAGAUGUUGUACAAUUAUGGAGCAGAUACUAACACAAGGAACUAUGAAGGACAGACUCCACUGGCCGUUUCAAUAAGUAUUUCUGGAAGCAGCCGACCUUGUUUGGAUUUCCUACAGGAAGUUACAAGGCAACCCAGGAACUUGCAAGAUCUAUGCCGAAUUAAAAUUCGCCAGUGUAUAGGCCUUCAAAAUCUCAAACUACUUGAUGAACUACCGAUUGCCAAGGUCAUGAAAGACUACUUAAAACACAAAUUUGAUGAUAUCUGA